UAGCUCUCUUUGGAAGCUGAAGGUCUGUAAGGCAGCCAAACUAAUCCAGGAAGACUAAACGUCAUCUAAAUAGGAGAACAGGAAUUCCUUUGCUCAGACUUCUGGGAAAUGUAGUCUAGGCGACUGUGACAUCACAGGGAGCCGACCAAGAAAUCGCCUUCCGGCCUCUAGCACUCACAGGUACAGACAGCUUCCUCAAAGUUUGGCGAGAGUCCUGUCCUACACAACGCGUCUCUGACAUGGAGGAAAUGCUGUCUUUUUGGGAUGUGGCCAUUGAGUUCUCUGCAGAAGAGAGGGAAUGCCUGGAGCCUGCUCAGUGGAAUUUGUACAGGGAUGUGAUGUUGGAGAAUUACAGCAACCUUGAUUUCCUGGGUCUUGCUAUGUCUAAGCCAUACCUAGUGACAUUAUUGGAGCAAAGACAAGAGCCUUCAGAUGUGAAGAGACAAGCAGCAACCAAUGUGCAUCCAGGAAUAACAACCAAUGAUUAUAACAUUUACAACAAGACCAUCAAUUAUAACGCACUGUAUAUUCAACGCCAGAGAAUUCAUAAAAGGGAAAAACUCUACAAGUGUGAAGAAUGUGGUAAAGGUCUUAGUUCUCAUAAAACACUUUCCAUCCACAAGAGACUUCAUACUGGAGAAAAAUCCUACAUGUGUAUAGAAUGUCAUAAGACCUUUAAUACUCGUGAAUCACUUUUUAUACACCAGAAAAAUCAUACUGAUGAAAAAUCCUAUAAGUGUGAAGAAUGUGGCAAAUUAUUUUACUAUCCUUCAAUGCUGAAGCAACAUCAAAGAAUUCAUUCUGGAAUGAAACCCUACAAGUGUGAAGAGUGUGGCAAAUCCUUUUAUACUCCUUCAGUGCUGAAACAACAUCAAAGAAUUCAUAGUGGAGAGAAACCAUACAAGUGUACAGAAUGUGGCAAAGCUUUUUAUGAAUCAUCAAUCCUUCAGGUACAUAAGCGAAUUCACAAUGCAGAGAAACCCUACCAGUGUGAAAAAUGUGGCAAGUGUUUUUGUUCAUCUUCAUACCUUAGACAACACCAAAUAAUCCAUUUUGAACAAAAACCCUACAAAUGUGAAGAGUGUGGCAAGAGUUUUUGUUCAUCUUCAUCCCUUAGACGACAUCAAACAAUCCAUUCUGAAGAGAGUGCGUACAAGUGUGAAGAGUGUGGCAAAAGGUUUUCCUACUUUUCACACCUUCAAGCACAUCAGAGAGUCCAUACUGGAGAGAAACCAUACAAGUGUGAGGAGUGUGGUAAAUGUUUUUCCUCAUGUUCAUCUCUUAGAAAACAUCAACCAAUCCAUUCUGAAGGGAAUCACUUCAAGUGUGAAGAGUGUGGUAAAUGUUUUUCCUUAUCUUCAUCCCUCAGACGACAUCAAACAAUUCACUGGGAAGACAAUCCCUAUAAGUGUGAAGAGUGUGGCAGAUGUUUUUGCUCAUCUUCAUCCCUUAGAGGACAUCAAACAAUCCAUUCUGAAAACAAUCCUUAUUUGUGUAUACAAUGUGGCAAACGGUUUUCCUAUUCUAGGAGUCUUCAAGAACAUCAAACAGUUCAUACUGGAGAGAAACUGUACAACUGUGAAGAAUGUCACAAAACCUUUCGUUACCACUCAGGCCUUAGGAGACACAAGAGAGUUCAUGCUGGAGACAAACCCUAAAAGUGUGAAGAGUGUGAUGAUGUUUUUCCUUAUUUUUAAUGUUUAGACGACAUUUAAAAAAAAAAAAAAAAAUCAUUCUGAAGACAAUCCCUAAAAGUAUGGGGAGUGUGCCAAAGACUUUGCUAAUUUUUAUAUCCUUACUGAACACAUGAUAUAGUUCAUACAGGAGAGAAAUCUUUCAAAUGUUUUAAGAAGUUUACUUCAACCCUUAAAACACGUCAGAUAAUUCAUUCUGACUACAAAUGCCAUGAAUGUGUGAAGUGUGGGUAAAGUCAUUGCUGAUAAUUCAGGUUUUAUCCACCUCUAAUGAGUCCAUAGUGGAGAAUAUUAAGUUAAUUAUUUCAGAAUGUCCACACGAACACCUACCUUCCAAGAGCACAAAUGCUAAGAAUUAUAGCGAGCCACAGGACUAUGAAAUAGAAGUCCAGCUGUAUAUUAUAAGCUAUACCUUGACGAGGCCAACGGUCAAUUGAGUGAGAAAGCCAGUCAGCAAGGUCUAUUGGUGUUAGGCGGCUUAAUAUUCAGUUGUGUCUUGCUAUGAAUUCUUUGUGCUCAUAAUUCUCCUAAAGUGUGUGUGUGUGUGUGUGUGUGUGUGUGUGUGUGUGUCUCCUUUUCAAAACACCUGAAUAGUUGCAUAGACAGAACCUUCUGCCUCUGAGCUCCAGGCCCCCUCUUUACCAUUGGUUUUGGGUGUCUGCUAUUUGCAAAUACCUUCCUUGAGCUCCUUCCUAAGAUAAAGUUAACCCCAAUCAAAGUCUUAAAAGACAAGCAAGCAACAGAACAUCUGUUAGAUGCCUGAGAACCCCCCCCCCAGCUUAGAUAAAAUGUCCUUUCUGAGACUACAUGUCUCAUAGGCCAAAUGUCUACAAACUAGAUGAUCAAGCCUUGUUGUUGUGCAAAUCCAGGCCCCCCAUCUCACUGCCCCAGAAAACCUCUUAGAUCAAAGGGAGUUUCCCCUCAGCAGGUGUUUGAAGCUGUAAUGCAGAUCGACUAGCUAUAAACACUCUUCUCCCCCUCCCCCUCCCCCUGCCCACUACCAGUCAGGGAACUGGUAGCAGAGGGAAAAGGUGACAGCUUUAACUUUUAGUGACCUGCAGACUUUGCCUGCCCUAUUACCUGUAAGUCUAUAGUUGAUAGAUUCAUCAUGCCUCCGCCUAACCACAAUAAGGACAUAUUUCUAGCGCAUACAUUCCUUUUCUGAUUUAUCACAACUACUAACUGACUCCACUCUCAUCUCUCCCCUUUUGGGUUGCAAAUAAAAUUGCCAGGAAGCCUCUAGAGGGGACCCCUACAAUCUUGUGCUAUAUACAAAACAUAAGGUGUUACUGUCUGGGAUAGGAUAGAGGCCAGUCCUGGGAGAAGGAAGAAGAGGGAGGGAGGGAGGAAGGACGACUGAGGGAUUGAGGAUUGAGGGAUUGAAGAUGGGAGAGAGCUAGGAUUGGAGGAAACAGAGUUGAGAUGAUGAAGGAUUGAGGGAACUAGGAACUGAAGAUUAGAGGGAAUUAAGAAUGGAGGGAACAAGAAGAAGGGAACUAAGGAAAUGAAGAGAGAUCUGAGAGUUGAACUAGUGACUGAAUGAUGGUGACUGAAGAAUAAACGAAUUGAACUAAAGAGCUCCGAGCAACUGGAUUCAUUCCCACGCCGUUGGUGGUGUCUUUCCUGGGCCCCUGGAUUUGUAUAAAUUUAAGGCUGGACCUUGAAUGUUAUAGAAAAAAGAAUGUCAUCAGAGAACACUAGAGAUUUCUCUUUGCUGUAACCCUCAACAGUUUGAUCAAGCAGUGUGUUUUAAACUGCCUUGAUUAAUGAGUCUCUUCUGCAACUAUAAAUGUUCCAUGAAAGCUUUACCAUGUCAUAACUUUGUCCAUUGGGAGCCUGGAAUCUGAGAUCUGGGCUGUGUCAUAGUUACUGUUGUGUUCCCAGUGGAGUCAUCCAAGCUCCUGUAAUAUCUCGCCUUGGUGUAUAAGAAGCUCAGUCUCUGAGCUAGCAAGUUUUCACCCAGCAUUUGGCUCUGGAAUUCUUAUUGGUAAAAAAUAGGAUACAGAGUUAAUUAAAACUACAAGAAGGCUCUCCCAGUCUAAGGCCUCAGCAGCAGUAGGCAGCAGCUGCAGAGACACACAGUCAUCAGCUGAGGCAGAGAUUACAUCAGGUGCAGAUGCUGUGCCUCAGAUAAAAAACAACAGUGACCAUAGAGCAAUAAUGACAGCAAAGUUAUGAGAGGAACCAAUUAUUUUCUGAUUGGAUUUAAAGCUUAUCCACAAAUAGUAACUGGUGUGAUGUUAAUUUGGUGAUAUACUUUGACUUGACUAGGUGAUAAGCCCUAGGGAGAAUUUAUUGCUGUUAUUCUAAUAAGUGGAUACUAACUGAACCCAAGAUAUCUUUAUAUGUACAGAGUCAAGAACCUUUCAACACCCACCACAAAAUAUUAUAUGGUGUGAUAGAUGAAGUGUGGGAGCCCAAAACUGAAUCAGUUUCCCAGUUUUAAUCUGAAGUCUAUUCUUAGUCAAUAGAGUUCAAGCUUGCUUGCUCCAGGGCUGUGAGAAUGUCCUAAUUAGCCCAUAAGAAGGCACACACUAUCUAGCUAGAUGCAGGCUGCUGAUGCCAGCUGAAGGUA